AUGGAUAGUUUUACAGUCGUUAUAAUUGCUUUGGUGUUUACUGUGUUAUUACAGUUGAAUUCUUAUUUAUCUGAUGAUUUAAAGAACUAUAUCUGUAAUAAAUUUAAUCCAUAUUUUCCUCCAUUAUCAGCUAAACUAAAAGAACAAACCAGUUUAAUUGAAACUAACAAUUCAAUUUCUGCACAAGACAAUUACGCUCAAUGGACUAAGAAUAAUAGAAAAUUAGACAAAUUAAAGAAAGAAAUCAGUGAGUUAAAAGAGAAUCUAUUACAAUUCAAUAGAAAUAAAAUUAGCCAAUGGAAUAAAUUGACUAAAAUUGGUAUCACUUUGCCUUUUAUCCUAUUUAAAUUAUGGAAGGGGAAACAGAUAGUAUACGCCUUACCAUCAAAUAAAGUCUUUCCAUCUAUGAUUAACGGUAUUUUGAAUAAUGGGUUUCUCUUCCUUGUUCUAGGUCCAUUAAAUUGGUUAAGAUAUGGUCACGUACAUCAUAAUGUUUUAUCAUCAGAUAAGAUGGUAGAGGAAAAUGUUUUAUCAUUUGGUGUAUCUCUGGGUAUUUGGUGCUGGGCUUUAAAUACUGUUAUAUCAACUGUUGAAUUCAUCGUCAAUCAAUUAUUUUUAAAGCAAAAGGAGGUGGCUCCACCACCAUCAAAAGAAACAACUACUACAGCAGCCACAGACCAAAAAUAA